CGACGUUCGACUUAAACCAUAUAGUCACGUGACAGUCGCACUGACACAACCUAUAACGUGUACUUAUACUGACAGCGACAUAGCUUGGAACGUGAUGUUUUGGAAUUUAAAGGUAACCCUGGGCGUGUUCUUCCUGGCUCUGGCUCCCCCACACGUGGGAUGUUACGUCACAUAUGAACCAUGGACAUCGGUCCUAUCGUCCUCACCAACGUCCAUGUCUACGUCACCUGUGUUGUCUCUCAGUCCUCAUCCUGAAGCCACAGUCGUGAAAGGUCAGCCUCUGAUACUGACCAUCACAAUAAUGGCCGGCACAUCACCGGCAUCGGUGCUGCAGUGGUCAACUAGCAGCACAGGCGAAAACACCCUUGGAUCCGUGACGUUAUCAGCAAUAGAUAUGUGCCAGGAAGGUAGGAACAUUUCGCAGGCAUGCUGGGUAAACGAGACGUUGGUACGGUUCUCUGUUGAACAGCCUCGACAUGACGACACGAUUUACUGUGUUGUGAUAGUGGGUAACUGGAGCUCCCGUUCUACACUUACCAUCUCUACCAAGAUCUACGUCAUCGAGCCCGUGGAGUCUGUCUACCUUGUAAGUUUGUCCGGGGAUAUUAUCGGAGACCAACUAGUAGUGAAAGAAGGUGAAAAUGUCACUUUACGUUGUGAGACGUCCCCUAGUCGACCCCAGGCCACCAUCAGCUGGAUCAGAGACAACGGCGACAUAUCCUCGUCAGCUGAUACCUUGUCUAUUGUUUCUGUUGGCAAAGACUUGUUUCGAACUUACCAAAACUUGACUAUAAUGGCGGAGAGGUCCUCUGGAUCAUUGAAUUCCUUCAUAAGUUGUAAUGCAGUCAACAACCGUUCUAGCGUCAACUCCAACCUACUUGAGAUUAUCGUCCUGAGUUUACCGACUAAAACAACUGCUAUUUCCAUGGAGUACAUUAGCGACGUGGAUGUCAGUUUGAUAUGGAACAUGGAGCCAGAGUCAGUGUACCGCGUGAGCUUCAACAUCCUUGUCCUGCCAGACACUGGCGGACUGACCGUCGGUCCAUACACACAAGUGGACGGAAUAAAGUCUGGUAACGCUCAGGCAGAUAUACAGUUCUCAAGCAGAAUCACAGGUCUUCAAGCGAACAGAGCCUACAGCGUGUCUGUCACGGCCUACAAUGCCGUAGGUAGGAGUCCUUCAGUAUCUAUCUACAUUGCCAUAUCAUCAGAUGAGAAUGGAAUAGCGUACUUCCAUGUUGGUUUAUCAUUGAUUGUGGUAGCCAGCCUUAUACUGCUGAUGAUUGGAAUCGGCUUGGCGAUUAGACUUAAGCAAGGAAAUGUAUCACGGGGCAGCAGCCUCUGUGGACUGCCCGCUCCGUGUCGGUCACCGGAGGUCAAAGAGUCUGAUCCUGUGUACGAAGACUUGGACAACUUUAGCAAAACCGAUGCACCUGCCAUCGAAAAACGACUUCGAAAUGCAAGAAAAGGUAAAGAAGGAACAAAGAGAACUGCAGGCCCGGUAUCUGGUAUUUACAACUCCAUUGGUUCAAAUUUAGAUGACGUAAACAAGAAAGAAAACUUUGGCAAUAUUUAUGACGACAUACCUGGUGGAUCUGCUCUUUUCACAUCUUCGGGUUCCGGUUCAGUAACAGCAGGAGAAGGAAAUGUGUCACUAGUUGUUCCAAAAACUGACCAGGAGAAGGAUCUGUCUGCAAAGAAGCCGAAACCGGCUGUCUUAAAGAAGCCUGCUAGUCGUAAACAUAGAAGCCCAGUGCCCACGCCCGACAUUGUAAACAAAGACUCAACAUCGGGAGAUAUGGUUUCAAUAACGAUAACGGAAGUGGAUGAAACGGAGGGCGAGUCAGAAAAAACGGAUGAUAAACCUGCAGAAGACGUUGGUAGCCCUUGUGAAUAUAUGGACAUGCGCGUCCCAGAAACAGAAUACGUGGAUAUUCGAAGACCAGUGGAAGUACGGGCAGAAAUCAGUUGAUUCCCCUCAGCGUCAUCAAACAUCAAUUCAUACUCCCUACAAACACACUGGUCUUAUAUAUGUAAUGUGAUCAAUUAGCAUGUCCCUUUGUCUGGCACAAAAGUUCAAACAAUUAUUUAUAUAAAAUGACUGAAUUUGUGAAUUGGUAUUUCACUUGCUCAACAAGCACUUAUCAACAUUGGACAUAGGAGUGUGCUUUACAGCAAAUAUUUGUCAACAUCAGGCCAAGCAAGUUUCGUGUUCGAACCAUAGUUAAUCAUCACAAGACAUAGGAAGUAACUUGAUAAAACAGUUAUUGAUCAUCAAAAGUCACAGCACAUGAUGAUCAUUUGUCCUCAACAAAUACAGGACGUGACGUGUUCAAAUCAUAUUUAUCAUAAACAGUCAAAGGCAAUGUCUUGUUCAAACGAUCAUACGUGUUCAACUGACUCAAAAAGUGCCGUGUUUCAACUCGAGAAUAUCAUCAGCAGACACGAGUAGCGUCGUUAUCAAAUUGUAUUUAAAAUCACAAGACACUGGACGUGUCGUCUUCAAACACUCAUUUAUCAUAAGUAGACACAUGAAGUGUAUUCGCACAAUCUUUUAUCAUCAAUAGUCACAGGAAGUGUCGAGUUCAAACCAUAUUUCUCAUCAUAGGACAUGUUGUUAUUAUUAUUUGCAGAGAAAGUUGGGUUCAAACAAUUAUUUAUCAUCUACAGCCAUAGAAAGUGUCGUGUUCCAUCAUUUUGCCACCUUUAGAUACCGGAAUUGACGUGUUAAAACUCUUAUUUACCUUCAUCAGAUACACGAAGUUUAUACGAACACAACAGGUAGUCCACAUACAUUUAGAACUUCUGUCCUGGAAAACAUUACUAUUUUUAUGAAAUCAUGAGUCUCUUGGUAUAAUAAAUAUUUCCACUUCAA